AUGUCCUCGAUACAGUCCCUGACGUCCUUCAGGCUCCAUCUGCCUCCCAGCUGCAUCGAGUUCUUUCCGCUUAACCCGCAGUAUGCCGUCAUUGGCACGUACAAUCUUGAAAACCCCGACGACAAAGAAGCCGCUGGAAGCGCACCCCACGAUGGCAAAGUCAGUGCCAAGAACCAGCAGCGCAACGGCAGUUUGAUCUUGGUCAAGAUAGAUGGCGACAAUGUCAACAUUGUCCGAACCCUGGCCACCCCAUCGGCCGUCCUGGACAUCCACUUCCUGACGCACGUCACCAGCUCAAACUUUGGCGUGGCAACGUCGACCGGGGCUUUCUCCAUCUACGAGCUGCAGUCGUGGCAGAGAAACCCUCAUAUCAGCCACAUCAAGACCAUUCAAUACUUUCCCGAGGAUAUACUCAUCACUGCCUUUUCGUGGCAUCCAGAGUCCUUCAUGGUCGGCAUGACACUCUCAAACGGACAAGUAUGCCUUGGUGUAAUCGACUCUGAGAGCCAAGAUGAUGCCCCUACUAAGCUCCAAGUUGCCUCGCAUGAUCUGGAAGCUUGGACUCUAGCCUUCCUCCCUGAUGGCUCUGGAAUCCUUUCUGGGGGUGACGAUAGCGCGCUCCGCUUUGCUGAACUGUCUGACGGCUCAGGAGGAAGCGUGCCUUGGAUGGACGGGAAAAUCCAUGGAGCGGGUGUCACUGCUAUCCUUCCUGUACAUCUAGAUAGCCAGGGUUGCCUGCUUGUCACUGGUAGCUACGACGACCACAUUAGGAUUGUUCACGUGCCUAUAUCUGGUCGCAGGCAGGUCCUUGCAGACACUAACCUUGGAGGCGGAGUGUGGCGCCUCAAGCUCCUUGAUCGGAAUCCUAAGCUGCCGGCCCAUCACCGAGUGGAGAAGUGGCGGUCAGAACCUCCUCCAGAAGCUAUCCUGCUACUUGUCAGCUGUAUGCAUGCUGGAGCUAAAAUCGUGAAGCUUACCAAGAAUGCAUCCAAGGAUUGGCAAAUCGAGGUCCUGGCCAAGUUUGAGGAACACGAGAGCAUGAAUUAUGGAAGCGAUUGCCAGCCAGAUGUCAAUAGCCAAGGCCAGCGGACGUUCAUAUCUACCAGCUUCUAUGAUCGCCGAUUGUGCCUAUGGAGAUAUUAA